AUGGAUUUGGACCGUAAGAUCGCCGCCUAUCGGCUGAUCGGCUAUUUGGCUGUGGCGCUCGCUACCGCGUCGACGAUCAGCAUCUGCAUCACCAUCCCAAUCCUCUACAGCCAAGUCGCCAGAGCCCGUGAACGCAGCCACGAAGAGCUCGACUUUUGCCAACAUUCCAUCAUCUCCGUCAGCAGCCAACUACGCCGUAAUGACGACGCGGGCGGCAACCGCACCGUGAGACACGCUUACGCAACGGUACCCCCACCACCGCCAGAUACCGAUCCCAAUGCGAGAUCUGCUGUACCGAAGGCCCGCGUGGUCCUCCAGGAGCUGCAGGACGACAGGGUCGCCCAGGUCGUCCUGGUGUCGAAGGCCAACCCGGAAACCCGGGAAAACCCGCGUCAAAAUGCCAACUUCCACCCCCUCCACCAUGCCCUCAAUGGACCUCCAGGAGAGAAGGGACUCUGCCCCACGUAUUGUGCACGAGAUGGUGGCAGCUUCUAUGAGGAUGGCACGAGGCGA